AUGGCAUGUUGUCCUGAAACUGCCUUGGGCGCGGAGAUAGAGGAGCGACUGGUGACCUACCUGCUGUCUCCAGAGCGCUACAACAAACUGAUCAGACCUGCUGUCAACAAGAGCCCGGUCACCAUCCAUAUACAGGUGUCCCUGGCCCAGCUCAUUAGUGUGAAUGAGAGAGAACAGAUCAUGACCACCAACUGCUGGCUGACUCAGGUAUGGAAUGACUACAGAUUGUGGGACCCAGAAGAGUAUGAGGGCAUAAAGAAGGUCCGCCUCCCGUCUCAGCACAUCUGGCUGCCUGACAUCGUCCUCUACAACAAUGCGGAUGGGAACUAUGAGGUGUCAUUCUACUCCAACACGGUUGUCUCCAACAAUGGAGAGGUGAACUGGCUGCCCCCCGCCAUCUACAAGUCGGCCUGCAAAAUCGAGGUCCGCGACUUUCCCUUCGACCAGCAGAACUGCACACUCAAGUUCCGAUCCUGGACCUACGACCACACCGAAAUCGACCUGAUCCUGCUCAGCGAUUUCGCCAGCCGUGACGACUUCAAGCCCAGCGGUGAGUGGGACAUCGUGUCUCUGCCGGGACGCAAGAACGAAGACCCCUCUGACAUCACCUACCUGGACAUCACCUAUGACUUCAUCAUCAAGCGCAAGCCACUYUUCUACACCAUCAACCUCAUCAUCCCCUGUGUMCUSAUCACCUCUCUGGCCAUCRUYGUSUUCUACCUGCCGUCUGACUGUGGYGAGAAGAUGACUCUSUGRAURUCAGUCCUCCUGGCCCUCACUGUGUUCCUGCUGCUGAUCUCCAAGAUCGUCCCACCUACGUCUCUAGCUGUCCCUCUCAUAGGGAAGUAUCUGAUGUUUGCCAUGGUGCUGGUCACCUUCUCCAUCGUCACCAGUGUSUGUGUGCUCAARGUGCACCACCGCACGCCCUCCACACACACCAUGCCCCSCUGGGURAAACGRCUCUUCCUGCACCGCCUCCCCUCCUUCCUGUUCAUGCGUCGGCCGGGCAGCUCCAACAUCCGGGAGAGGUUCCGCCAGAAGCACCAGCGGCGCUCCUACUCUGACCUGAAGCUGAGAGACGGGGCGGUGGCAGUGGCCCCGGCCGCGGGGGGAAUGGGGGUGGCAGAGGGGUCUGGGAUAGGCAGGGCCGACUCCUUCUAUGUGAACGAGGAGUCGGCCAAGCGGUACGGCUGGAGGAUCAGCGACCUGUCGGAGAACACAGAGUUCAGGAAGAGGAUGACAGUGAAGUGUCACGCAGACGUUGAGGAGGCUGUGGACGGGGUGCGCUACGUUGCCGAGAAGAUGAAGAGUGAGGACAACGAUGAGGGGGUCAUUGAGGACUGGAAGUAUGUUGCCAUGGUGAUUGACCGGCUCUUCCUGUGGAUAUUUGUGUUUGUGUGCAUUACUGGGACGUUGGGGCUGUUCAUGCAGCCCCUCUUCCAGAGCUACAACACACCCACGGCAGACGACCUGGAGCAGAACUGACCUAUGACCUUUGACCCGAAACCUGACCCUCACGCCCCCCAACACCCCCAUGAGGAACACCCGCCGCGAGUAAAACAGCUACUUACCAACACCUUGAAACAGAACUGUGUUAUUUUGACACACUCACAUACUGUACGCACACAGCACACCGGCCGCCACCACACCAACCAAUGCCCCUCAACCUCCUCUCUUAUAUGGAACAGAGCAACCCCACCAACCCCAGAAAAAGGGUCUGUUGUUUUUAUUUCUGCAUUUGAAAAGGGGAACCAAUCUUUUCUGCACAGUUCCAGAAUAAUUUGCUGAGCCCAAAGAUCCACACAC